AUGUCAUCAAUAUUCGGGAUUGAUCAAUUUCUGAAAUGGCGUGCGAGCAAAUACACGAUUAUGAAAGAAAUUCAAGAUACUGUGUGGUAUGCACGAUGUACUCAAAAGAUUCCCGCAACGCACUUCGUACCUCCGAUCCUGAUUGAUGAAAUCAACGAGCCAUCUAUCCCUACAACUAUAGUUCUGAAACACUCGCAAGAAGACCUUCUAGAAGCGUCUGUUGCGAAGAAACUAAAUCGGCGAGAAUUGAAAUACAUGUCGCGAUGCGUCCUUGAGGCAAUCAAGACUUUACAUGAUGAUGGGUUCGUGCACGCAAGUACGAAGUCCAACUGGGCGACUUGGGUGGAUGUUACCCCACUGAUUCAGAGUGGACUACAUUUGGCACCAUGGUGGGAACGCCAAUGUGGACGAGCCUACAGAUUAUCUUAUGAAUACCAUGAAAUAUUGCCGCUGACAUAUGCUCGUUCGCUCAUCAGCCUCAUUUACGGUGGGCACUUCAACUUUUUCAGACCCAAGGGAAUGAUACAGGAUGACGAAUGGUACUCACUUGGGGUUAUCGAUAAUCAAUUCAAAUUCUUUGCUCCUUACCCGGCUAAAAUUGCUAAGAUUGCACAGAUAGAAGCAGCUCUAUCCAUUCUUUACCUCGUACAGUCGAUUCCACAUGAGAAGACAACUACAUCUAUACGGGCUGCUGAGAAGGAAGUAACCAAAAGAGACAAUGUCUUCAUAUCCAAGAUGAUGAAGCUUGACCGGAGAGACCGCCCAACAGCGAAGGAGCUGGUGGAAGACGAUUGGUUGGAAAAAAGAUGA